UGUGCGUGAGCGAGGAAAAGGGAAGGCAAUGGAGGAAAAAGAAAGACGCGCACGUAGGGAGGGACGCACGCGCAUGCGCGCGAAGGUUGUUGCGUGAGUACGUGCGUGCGUGCGCGCUCGUGAGAGAGCGAGGGAGAGCCAGGGCUCGAGUGCGUGAGGAGAAGGGAGCGCGAGUGAGGCGGAGAAGGAGGAGGAGGACGGACGGAGGGACGGAAGGCAGGAAGGGAGGCAGGCAGGAAGGCAGGCGGGCGAGGAGGCAGGCCUGGGCCUGAGCGGCGACGGCGGAGGAAGCCUCUUCUGAGAGGAACCUGAGGCAGCGAAGGACGAGUGAGAAGAUGGCGGACGGGGACAGCGGGAGCGAGCGAGGGGGCAGCGGCAGCGGCAGCGGAGGAGGCGGCGGAGGCGGAGGUGGAGGAGGAGGAGGAGGCGGCGGAGGUGGAGGAGGCUUCCAGGGCCACCGCGGAGGAGGAGGCGGCGGAGGCGGAGGCGGCGGAGGCCCGGAGCAGGAGACGCAGGAGCUGGCCUCGAAGCGCCUGGACAUCCAGAACAAGCGCUUCUACUUGGACGUCAAGCAGAACGCGAAGGGGCGCUUCCUGAAGAUCGCGGAGGUCGGCGCGGGGGGCUCCAAGAGCCGCCUGACGCUCUCCAUGGCGGUGGCCGCUGAGUUCCGGGACUAUCUGGGCGACUUCAUCGAGCACUACGCCCAGCUGGGGCCUAGCAGCCCUGAGCAGCUGGCCCAGAGCUCCCCCGGAGGAGGCGGGGAGGACGGCGGGGGCGGCGUUGGAGGGCCCCGCCGGGCCCUGAAGAGCGAGUUCCUGGUGCGGGAGAACCGCAAGUACUACCUGGACCUGAAGGAGAACCAGCGCGGGCGCUUCCUGCGCAUCCGCCAGACCAUCAACCGUGGCCCCGGAGGCGGAGGAGGCGGAGGCGGGCCUGGCUUCCCGGGGGGACCGACGGGGCUCCAGAGCGGCCAGACCAUUGCCCUCCCGGCCCAGGGGCUCAUUGAGUUCCGCGACGCCUUGGCCAAGCUCAUAGACGACUACGGCGCGGACGAGGACGAACUCGGAGGCGGAGGUGGAGGCGGCGGAGGGGGCCCCGGCGGAGGGCUCUACGGCGAGCUCCCCGAGGGCACCUCCAUCACGGUGGACUCCAAGCGCUUCUUCUUCGACGUGGGCUGCAACAAGUACGGCGUCUUCCUCCGCGUCAGCGAGGUCAAGCCCUCCUACCGCAACGCCAUCACCGUGCCCUACAAGGCCUGGGCCAAGUUCGGAGGGGCCUUCUGCCGCUACGCCGACGAGAUGAGAGACAUCCAGGAGAGGCAGCGGGACAAGCUCUACGACCGCAGGGCCGGCACUGCCGGGCCAGGAAGCGGAAGCGGCGCAGGGGACGACUCCGAUGGAGACGACGUGGACGACGACUGAGCCACCAUCCUCACAACACCGACACCAUCGCUUUGACAGCCCCUCUUUCUUCCUCUCCCUUCCUCCUUUGGAGCCGGUGGGAACCACGAAAUCCAGCCCCGAGCUUUCUCUCUCCACCCUUCCUUCCUUCCUUUCCUUUUCUCCUCUUCCUCCCUCCAUCAAGGAGGAGAAGAGGGGGACCUUGGAGAGAGACCAACCUGCAAAUACAUAACCCACCGAUCUGCAUCUGGAGCGCCCUCCAAAUGAUUUCUCGGCCUCGUCAGAUAUUUUUAUUUUCUUCCCUCCUUGCCAUCCUGCCCCGCCUGGGGAGACGUCCUUCAGAAGACCCCCUUCUUCAUCCUCAGAAGACUCCCUCCUUCUUCAGAAGACACUCUUCUUCCUCACAGGAUACCCUUCUGCUUCCUCAAAAGACCCCCUUUGUCUUCCUCAGAAGACUCCCUUCUUCAGAAGACACCCUUCUAGCUCAGAAGACCCCUUCAUCUUCCUCAGAAGAUCCCAUUCUCCUUCAGGAGACCCCCUUCAUCUUCCUCAGAAGACGACAUUCUUCUUCAGAAGACACCCAUCUUCCUUAGAAGACACCCUUCUUUUUCUUCAGGAGACCCCUUUCUUCUUCAUUUUCUUUGCCCCGCCCUCCAGAGAGAGAUCCUUGUGACCUCGUUUAACCUCGACCCUGCCCCACGGUGUGGAGGCAAGAAAGGGGCAAUCCUUCCAUCCAAAUGGACCCUCCGGUGGGUUUUUUGUUUGUUUUGGGAGAGGGAGAGAAGGCGCUUGGAUCUUUGCCUCCCUCUUUCCCCUUCUCUCUCUCCUUCCCCUUUUCACCCUUUUGAGGUCUUGUCCUCCUCUGCUCUCUCGAAACCAGCAUUCUGGAGACGGCCGCUGAGCACCGCUAUGAAGGAAAGGGAGAAGCCACCGCAGCUGUCCAUAUCGGUGGGAGAGGGUCGAGGUUUGUGCGCAGAAAUGGAGGAGGGGGGCAAGUUGUUAAAUAAUCCAUAAUCAUGAAUUUAUCCCGGCAGGAAUUGGGGUGAGGGGAUUAAAAGUGACAGGGAGGGAGCCUGUAAGGUAGACAGGGGGAAGCAACAACUGGCCCUGAGGCUUUUCAGAAGGAUAGAUGGCAAGGGGGAGCCUGUAUCUGGACCAACGUCCAUUAUUGUCUUCUUCUUUCCCCUCUCCUUUUUCCAGGAUCAUUUGUUUUAUUUCUGAGAUGCAAAUUGCUAAGCUCCAGGUGCCUGAACUGGAAUUGAUAAAUGAAUUAAUUUUAAAGCUGGCAGGUUCUAAAGAUCCUUCAUUGGCAUUUAAUUUCCUUCAACCCCCCCCCUUUUGUUUUGGGGAAAAGAAAUGGGGGGAGAUUGCAAAGAGGCAGGUUAAAGAGAAACAGGCAUAAAGCACAAGGAAUGCAGAGCGGACUGUUUGCUGCUCACUAAGUUCUUCCCCUUCUCUCCAAAUAAGGUGAAAGAGCAAAUGGCUUUAGUAGGAGGCGGAAAGUGGAGCUGCUUUUCGGCAGGCUUUAAAAGAUGAUCUAGUCGAAUCUAGUGGGGUCUAGGAAACACGCAGGGGUAGCUGCCUUGGCCAUACAGCAAAUACAAACAAAAACCCAUCAGUGAUACCUUUAUCAGCCAACCAAAAUGCACAAUAUAUUUGUUGCAAGCUUUCAGAGCGGAAUCUAGUUUGUAGGCUGGUUUUUUGGGAAAGCAAAGUCUUGUAAAUGUGGGAAAGGAAAGGUGGCUUCAGGUAGGAGAGAAGACAGAAGGAAACCUCUUUCAUCUUAUGACGAAGUGGACAUGUUCUAUGGAAACAGAUGCCGAGAACCUCAGGUCCAGAAGCCUAACAUCAAUUAUGCUUUCAAUGGGAUUUUUUUUUAAACAAAAGAAGAACUCGGUCCAUUUUCUCAGUACCUCACAUUAUGUUCACAGCAAAGUUGGCAAGAAUGGUUUGAUGGAGUGGACUGUUCAGAGCAAGGCUAGUCCUGUGGGAGCUUGAGGUUGCUGAAAAGGAGCAGAAACCGACCGAUUGACCGACGUCCGACGACGAUGACGGAGCGCAUCCUAGCAGCGUUUCACCACCUUCAAAUUUUACUAUUAUAGACUGGCUACUGCCAAUUUGUCCAGCUGUCCUUCCCAAAACAAAGUUGGGUCUCCCCACCCAAAGAAUUGCCUCAUCUAUAUUUUAAAUGGAUUCUUACCUAAAAUGAUAUUUUUUUAAAUCGAGUGAAUUUAGUCCUUUCCCCUCUAAAAAAGGUGUUUUUAGAUACAUUAUAUACUAGUAACUUUGAAUAGAAUGGGAAUUAACACUGUUCAUUACAAAGUUUCGGGUAUUUUUUGUUCGACAUCUUAAGAGGCAAGUAAGCUUUCCUCUACAACCUUCUUCUUCUUUUUUUAAAUUGUGCAUGCCUGUCCUUUAUUUGAGCUGCCUUUUUUAAUUUAUUGCAUACCCUUAUCACCUUAUUUUGGUAUUACUCUUUAUCUAUACUGUCUUUGUUUUGUAUUUAUUAGAAAGCAAGGAGACGCAUGGAAAGCAUUUCCCCGCGUCGCUGUGGUGGCGGUGCCGAAAUUGGCUGGGAUUUGCUCAAAUUAAAACAUGGGUUUUGCUACAUACAUCAGUUGUCAAGAUCAGCAAAUAAUGUCAGAAUAGUUGACGGCAAAACCUUCCGCCACACAGAGGAGGAUUGUCUACUUUAAACUGCUUUCUUUACUCCCAGUGUCGAUGGUAGACCUUUUUACGAUAUCCUUGAAGAAACUUUUCUUUCCAUUUUUCUCCGUCGCAAAGAACUUGUUUCCUGAUUUGUAAUGGGAGCAAUAGUAUUUCUCGAUGUUUUAAUUACAUCUGUAUACUUGUACUGUAUUUUGUACUCUCCAAGGCAGCUGUUUUCAAUAAUGUCCUGCUGUAUUUACCUAUAUAUUUUUGUUCCAAUGUAUGUAGUUCUUUGCUUCGGAGAACAAUUUUCACCAACAAAAGUUUCAGCGUAACAGAUUAAAACUCGGAUCCUGCAGCCCUCUGGGAUUGCAGAAAACUCCGCUUAACUAAUUUAGGACUAGGCAGCAAUGAAAAUUGAGGCUGCAGAUGCUUGGUGUAUAUUGCUGUAACUUCACUCAUUUUAAAACAGUGUACAAUACUUGUAUAGACCAAUAAUGUUUUGUUGCUUCAGUGGUAAUUGGAAUAUUUUUUUUCCUUUUUGUUGCUCAGCUGCUGUGAGCCAAUUAAGUUCAUGCAAAGAUGCAGUACCUCUCCUCUACAGGAGGAUGUUAUUUGGGGGGGGGUGAAUUGCAGUAACUAGCCUUACCUUUGUAUUACGUGGUAGCGGCAGGGUUUUGACUGUCCCUGGCCAGUGACUACGCAAGCUAUAAUUAGCUGCCUAAGAAGUGUGUGGAAGUGGACAGAAGCAUCUAUCGGUCGUAUGCCAAGAGCGCUGCCGUAUAUGGUGUCAGCUUUGGCUACCAGAAACAAGUCUCCAUAGUCAUUAGACCAGUUAAACCGACCUCUGUCGAAUACCCAGGUUGACCCAUAACCCUCCAAGGUGCAUAGGUGGUGACAAAUGCAGUGGGUCGCAAAGAGAAUCUCAAUGAAAACACUGGGCAUGAGUGUGCCCAGCUAAGUAUCGAUGGUAGGCUUUAAAAUGUCGAUGGAUAUUGAGGUUAUCAUAGCCGGCGAAUGGCCAGGCCUCUUGCUGCGGAAGAUUAGUCUAGGUGGCAUGAGGUCUUGCUAGGUGCAAGGGUUUACUGAUGAAAGCAUUCCUCAAGAUGGUUGGAGAGAUGGGGGGGAUGGUGAAAAGUGGCUUGACCAAAAUUGGAACCGCUUUGGACCCCCCCCCCCCCUCUUUUCAUGGAACCUGGUACUUUUGUGCUUGAAACAGUGGAGGUUGCAAAGGUUAUUUUAAAGUCAUUUGGAAGCAUUAAUUAGCCUCUAAUGAAAAAGGAAUAAUCAUUUGCAUGGGGCUGUUAGACAUCCCCCCUCCCUCACUUGCACAAACCACAUCUUUAAAAAAUCACACUGCUCUCUCUAAGCCUGAUAUAGUUGAUAUACAUUCUGAACUGGCACCUUUGUGCCUCUUCAGAAUGCUGUUGUCUAUGUGAUGGGUAUAUUUGGCCUCCUUGGGAAAACAGAUUACCCAGAUUACAUCUGAGAUGAGCAAAUCUUGUUAUUCUUGUUUAUAUUCUUGUGUUGAAAUGUCAAUUUGGGUAAGAGCUUUUCCAUCCUUGGUGCUGCAGUUAACACAUAUCCUUGAUGAGUCUUCUUUUUUCUUUCUGCAGCAGCGUUGACAAUACUUAAGUGCAGUUUGCAAGCUGCUACAUCCAACAGACCUAUGAUUAAGUUAGCUGAAGCCCAUUAAACUUAUUAAAAAGUUUCUGAAGUUAAAUCCGUCACGUCUUCAGGUAUGUCAGUUGGAGUGGCUUGUGGAUCACACUGCCUUCUUUAAAAUGUAGGUUCUGGAGAGAGAGAGGGAGUCAGAGAGAGAGAAAUGAGCAACAUCCCUGGGUAGUUCCUGCAUAUCUGGCAUUUUUAGACAUCUGUUGUCCUUAGAAAGAUGCAUCUGCUGUACAAAAGAAAAUGUAAAUCUUGUAUAGCACCAAAAAUGUAAAUAUUUGAGGCAUACAGGUAUAAACACCCAUAGCUUUAGGUCACAUCUACUUACGGGAUCAUGUUCUUUCCAUAGCUGUCUGCUGCAGAGCAGCUGCAGGAUUGACAGUGAAGCAUUGGUUCUUUUCUCUCAAACCCCCCCCCC